GACGAGCUGCGCGCCGCGGCGCUAUGCCGGCUGGCCGCCGAGGGCACGCCCGCGCGAGCGAGGCGCGCCUGUGAGCGCCUCCACAGGCGGCUCGCGGAGUGCCAGCCCCACAGCGGCCACGCGGCAGCCUGCACGGUCGUCCUGCUGCUCGGCCGAGGGCCUGCCCAGGGCCAGCACCCCUGCCGCGGAGCGGCGGAGCGCCGAGGCAGCAGCGCCCUCGCGAUGCGCGCCCUGCACCGGGCCGGCGAGGCGCCCUCCUCGCACAGCGCGAGCACGAUCUUCCAGCGCCCCGCGAUGGUGGACGACGAGCUGCCCGCCGGGGCGUUCCCCAGUCUGCGAGAGGACGCGGGGCUCUUCGCGGAGCCCGACCCGGAGGAGCCGGCCGGCCAGCCGCAGGGCUUCGCGCCGGCCGCCCGGCCGCAGGGGCUGUCCAGGUGGUUUGGGCAGCCGCGGCGCCCCGCCGCCGAGGUGCUCUUCGAGCUCCCAGGUGCCGGCGAGCUGGAGCCGCAGCUGGAGCCCGAGGUCGAGCCGCCAGGGGCCCAGGACUCUGCGGCCGCGGAGCCGCGCGCUCCGCCGGCGCGCCUCCCGGACUGCCGGCGGCUGCGGCUGCGUCGCCAGGCGGCCUGGGAGCAGCGCGGGAGUUGGGACGCGCGCUGGGAGGCCACGAGGGGAGGCCUGUCGCUGCUGCAGCCCCUGUGGCUCUCGUGCGCCAGCCGCGUCCAGGAGCGCGCGCUGUGGGAGCACCCGCACGGGCUCGGGCUGCUGAGCUGCCUCGGCGAGGACGGCCGGGGCUGGGUCCGCGCCGCGGGCCUCGCCCUCCGCGGCGUGCCCUCCGACUUCUUCGAGGUGGCGGGCGGCGGCCCGAGCACGGCGGGCGCUGCAGGCGGCGGCGGGCCUCCCGGCCUCUGCGCCUGGCGCGUGGUGUUCCGCGCAGCGGGAG